GCGACACCCCGCGGCGCUUUACGGCCGGCGGCGCUUUCCGGCAGCGGCCCGGUCGCGGCGGGAGGCGGCGGCGCUUUGCGGCCGGAGCGCGAUGAGCUUUUACGACGCCUUCCGCGGCUUCUUCGGCUUCCCGGGGCGCGGCAGGCCCCGAGAUCCGCUGUUCGGAGCGCCGUGGGACGGGGACGAGGAGGACGACGACGACGAAGCCGCGGGUCCCCCCGGGCCGCGCCCUCCCGAUGACUUCGCCUUCAACUUCGGCUUCAGCCCCGGCGGCGCCUUCGAGGAGCUGCUGCGGGACAUGGGCGAGCUGCUGGGCGCCUUCGGGGGGGGCUGGGCCGGGCUGCCCCCGCCCUUCGGGGAGGAACGGGGCUGGGAGCGACCCGGCGGGGCGUCCAGACCCGGGCUGACCCCGGCCCUUCCUGGAGAGCCCCCCCUGCCCGGCCCCGGCUCGGGGCGGCCGCUGCGCGACUCCAUGCUGAAGGAUCCCGAGGGCCCGGCCCGGCCGUGGGAGCCGCUCCCGGCGCUGGAGGAGCCCCCCCCGACCGCACCUGGCCAAAAGGAGGACGGCGACCUGGACUCCCAGGUGUCCUCGGCGGGGCUGGGCACCAUCCUGCGGCCCCAGCAGCCUGCGCCCCGCUCCUACUUCCAGAGCGUCUCCGUCACCACAGUGACACUCCCUGAUGGAGCAGUGGAGGAGCGCCGCACGGUGCAGGACAGCCAGGGCCACCGUGAGACAACUGUCACCCGCCGGAGGGGGGACCAGGCCUUCAUCACCACCACCAAGGAGGAUGGGCAGAGCAAGGAUUACCGGGAGGAGGUGCUCAACAUGGAUGACCGGGAGCUGGCGCAGUUCGCGGGCACGUGGCCGCAGCGCGAUGAGCUCCUCACUCCUCCCCAGAGCGAUUCCUCGUCCCUGCUGGGCAGCUUCUUCCGCCGCUGGUUCUCCAGCCGGUAGCUGUGUGAGGAGUGCGGGGUGGGGGCUGCCCUGCCGCGUGGGGGUGGGCGGUGCAAGGCAGCCCCCUCUCACUGCCCCUGCUCUGUGCAGGUGGGGCCGGUCCUGCCAGCCUGCAGGGGAUGGGCUGGGGGCUGCCCCCCACUGCGGCACCACUGCAUCGUGGGGGUGAGCGUGUGUAUGUGUACAGAGAAAUAAAGUCUAUUUAUGCUAA